AUGAGAGUAGGUUGUGUCUUGUGGCUCUCAGCAGCUUUGGUUGCUGUGAGUCUAUUUUUUAAGUGUGGAUUUCUCAAUACUGAACGAUCACCUCAACAAACAUGUACGAAACCUGUCUCUGACAGUUUUACGCGUAUGAUAGAAGCCUUAUUACGUGCAGAAGGAAAUGUUUUUGAUAACCGUAUUAUAUUCAAUGAAGCGAAUUAUUCUCGGCGAAGACAAAUAUCUAUUCAAAGGCAAAUCACCACGAUAUGUCGGGCUAUUCUAAAUUUCGAACGGUUAUCUAAUGAAUCAAGUAUGAAGCAUAUUGAUGAUUGUUUCAUGGGUUUGACAGCAGCAGUGUUUCAUCUAGAAAGAAAAGAUUUCUGUAGUUAUACCGUGCUUAAUGGAGUGAAUCAUUAUUAUUCUCGCCGAAGUCAAACUUUUAGUAUCAUACAAUCAAACCUGCACCUGUUGAUACAAACAUGUUGCAAGGAAUUUAGUGAUAUUUUUGCAAGGUCAGAAAUGAAUCGUUGAUACAAAAAGAACAAUUUUUGUUCUUGGCUAACACCAUUUUAGAAUCAAGACGCUUCGAGAAUCAUGACCGAAUUUGCAUAUCUGAAGUGCUUCAAGCUUCUAAGGAAGUCUCCAUUGUGCCCUAUUUUAAUAACAACAAUAACAGUGUUUGUUCUGUAUCAAGCCUUUUAACGGGAAGACAAUGGUGCAAAUUGCCGUCAAUUAACUUUAAAGUCUCUAAGUCGAAAUAUGCGAAAUCGAGGGUGACACAUUAUUCUAACAGCAUUGCCAGCUAUCAAUUGCUUUUGAUUGCCGGUGAUGUCCAUCCUCAGCCUGGUCCCUCCGCAGCCGAGAAAACAAGGGUAAAACAAACAACCGUCAAGUGUCCACAAUGUGAGAAAACCGUUAAACGCAAUCACAAACGUGUAGAAUGUGAUAAAUGUUUUGACUUAUUUCAUAUCCGCUGCGUGUAUAGUAACUCAUGGUUUAUCAAAAACACCGGAGCUCAUGACCCGCGUAGUUGGACAUGUCCAGAGUGCACAUUAUCUGAGUUACCUUUCUUCAAUGUUAAGGACUUGGAAAUACUAGAAAGAAAAAGGAACGAACAGAUAAACUCAACUCUAGAUUCUGAAUUAGAAACGUUAGAUUUUAUUGCUGAAGCUUUGCGGAACCACCCCCAAACAUCUCAGUAUUAUGCACCUAAACACGCCAAGUAUGGUUUCCUCAUUCAAUGA